AUGACCUAUGAGUAUGAUGGAGAGUUGCUGCAGGAAAUCAAUGAGACCAUGGAAAGAUCUGCAGUGUCCAAGGCUGAAUAUGGAGCAUUUAAUGUUAAUUUGCAGAAGCUACUGAAAGAGGUCUCUGAAACACCAGCUUCUGUGUUGGAAAAUAUGGAUAAUAAAAUGCAAGAAGCAUCUGAAAUUUCAUGUGCAAUAUCCAAAGAGUUACAUAAACAAGAAAAGUUUGGGGAUCGUAUGUUUACAUCACAAAGAGAGACUCUAUUCAUGACAGUGUCACAGCCAUGUAAUGCUUUAAGUAGCUAUCAUACACAGAUGAAAAUAGCUAUCAAAGGGGGAGGUCCAGAACAAAAUAUCAAAGCUUCAGUAAAUGAUCUUGCAGUAAGUGAAACUGAAGUUUCUGAUCUUCCUAAAAGAAGUAGAGCUAUUCAUAAAAUAGAAAAGAGAAACAUGGCUCCAGUUGAUCUUCCUCCCUUGGAAGGAGAGACCAAUAUGAUUGCAAUCAAACCAUUCAAGACAAACGAAAAAGAAAGGAGAGAUGAAAGCACAUCCUUGGAUGCCUCUGAGAAGAAUUUUGAAUUUAAAGCACCAUUGAAAUUCAGAAGAGCGAGCACACCACUUAAAGAUGAGAGCAGCUUCCCCCAGCCAGAAGCAGCUCAAUUCUGCCUAAUGUCUCAGCAUGAGGAUAGUGAUGAAGAGGAAGGGGACGGCUCAAAUUUGGGAUCCAAAUUUUCAGAUGAAAACUCUGAGUCCUACUCUGGAACCAGAAGUUCAACUUGUUCAGAAGAAGAAUUAAACCCUGUUUUGAUGGCUUUGAAAAGGAGUGCAGAUAGGAAAAUGCCUUCCAAAAGUCUAGAGGACAUUCCAUCAGCCACCUCAAAUAAAGGAAAAAUAAAUAAUCCAAAGGAAGAACUAGCUCUUAGUGCUGAAGAUGGUCCAAAACCUGAUCAGCAUCAAGAGAGGAAUGAAAAUACAGCAGCAAUUUCCACAGUGCCUUCACAGCCUGAUAAGCCAUUUUCCAAUCCUGAAAAACUCAAAGGACUGAGCAAGUCAGUACCAUCAUUCCUACAGGAAGAGAGUGAUGACAGAGAGACAGAUACAGCAUCAGAAAGCAGUUAUUCCCUUGGCAGAAUCAAGAAGAGUCCCAGCUCUCUAACCAAUCUUAGCGGCUCUUCUGGCAUGGCCUCCUUAUCCUCUGUGAGCGGAAGUCUAAUGAGCAUCUAUAGCGCAGACUUUGGCAAUGUUGAUGUGAAGGGGAACAUUCAGUUUGCUAUUGAUUAUGUAGAACAGCUGAACGAGCUCCACAUUUUUAUUUGCCAGUGCAAAGACUUGGCAGUGGCAGAUGUUAAGCGGCAGCGUUCAGACCCGUAUGUAAAGACCUACCUGCUUCCAGAGAAGUACAAGCUGGGCAAACGGAAGACCUCUGUCAAAAAGAAAACUUUUGAUCCAGUCUAUAAUGAAAUACUGCGGUAUAAAAUUGAGAAGGGUCUCCUAAAGAACCAAAGCCUUAAUAUCUCUGUCUGGCACAAUGAUACCUUUGGGAGGAAUAGCUUCCUUGGUGAAGUGGAGCUGGAUUUAGGAACGUGGGACUGGAAUGAUAAAUCCAACAAGCAGAUCAACUGGUUUCCACUCAAGCCAAGGACUUCAACAAUGGCUCUUAAACUAGAAAACAGAGGGGAGAUGAAACUAGCCCUCCAGUAUGUCCCACACCCUGUUGGAGGAAAGAAGACUCUAUCUACUGGUGAGGUCCACAUCUGGGUGAAGGAAUGCCAUGACCUUCCUCUUCUGAGAGGCAAUAAGCUCAACUCUUUUAUUAAGUGUACCGUUCUUCCAGAUACUAGCAGAAAAAGUCGUCAGAAAACAAGAACAGUGGCAAAAACUACAAACCCAGUAUUCAACCACACCAUGGUCUACGAUGGUUUUAGACCAGAAGAUUUGAAAGAAGCCUGCAUAGAACUCACAGUCUGGGAUCACAACAAACUAGCCAACCACUUUCUGGGAGGUCUCAGGAUAGGCCUUGGGACAGGCAAAAGCUAUGGAACUACAGUAGAUUGGAUGGAUUCUACUUCAGAUGAAAUUGCUCUUUGGGAGAAGAUGAUGAACUCGCCAAACACAUGGAUAGAAGAUACACUACCUCUCAGGAUGCUAAUGGUUGCAAAAUUGACAAAAUAAGGUGGCUUUUUAAUUGCUAGUGUCAAAAAGAAACCUUGGGAAUGAAAUUAAAGGUGUGGGGAUGAAACUUGGAAGAGGAACAUGGUAGCUCUUUUGACAGUCUCUGCUCCGUUGCUGUUCUGGUUUUAUGCUGUCAAAUGUCACUUUGUAUUUCAAAUUAAACUUCUACCUGCAGAUUAUUAUGUAAAUUUA